UCAAUAUCAAGUUUUUUUCAGAGAAGAUGGCGGCUUCUCCUAUUAGUCAGCUUGCAAAUUGGAACGACGAUAAAGGAACAUCGAGGGAGGGACUGCACAACUUCCCGGAUAAGCUGGAGGGAUGGCAGAACUCCAGAGAAGAUGCAUAUCUAGAGGCUGCCGGACUCACUACAAACCAAAUACAAACUUUUGCUUUUGAUUAUAAUAAGAUGUCUGGCUUUCUUUUCCCACAGAACACAGACCAAAAGAAAACAAAGAAACAGGGCAAGCAACCAAAGAUUACAGAACAAAUUGAUUCACAAAUAAAGGAGAAUAUAAGCAUGAAUCCAAACAUGGAGUUUGGAGGGUCAGAAAAUGAAAAAAUGUAUAUUGAAAGCGAAGACGAAAACAAUCCAGAUGAUUUAGAACGUAGACUUUCAAAUCAAGAAGCUGAACUUCGGAUUAUUCAAGAGUCGCGGAAAAAGCUUAAAGGCGGAAGAAGAGGAUCGAAAAAAAAAAGUGUAUCUGGUGAUAUGUUACAAGGUGGAAAUCUCAUCAGAGCUUUGGCGGGAAAUUUAUCACCAUUUAAUGCACAGGUGUACAAUUUAUCUACAGUCAUAAUCAUACUGACCCGGAAUAAAAUUAUAAUUAAUCAGACUACUUAGCAAUCUUAUUUUACAAAUAUGAUUAAUGGAACGAUAAUAUCCCUAAUCCUGCCAAUUCCAAAAGUUUUCUUCGUUUAAAAUUACCAGAGAUACGAAUGUAGCACGUCAAACUAAAGUAAAAUGCAAGUAAGAUUAAUAACUUAUAUGUUUUUGAUCAUAACUUCUGUUAUUGAAGAGAUAUUGAAAAGAACAAAAAUGUUUUGAAUUUAUAAUAUGUAACCUAAUAAAUUAGCUUUUCUUACACUUGUACGCAAAAUCAGAACUAAAGGAGCAACGGAGUCAAAAAGCUGUGACAGUAAUGUCAAUUGAAAUUGACCUUCUCCUUCUGGUUAGUUCGCAGUGGUAAAGUCAACUGAUUAACUGUCAAUUAAUUCCGGGUCUGGUUAUGAUUGUACUUUAACUAUCUUUUUCCUUACAUAAUAGAAUUAGAAAGAGAAUAUGAUACAUAAUUCAAUGUUGGACCUGGUAGACUUCUAUUUAUCAUAGAAAUUUGAAAGAAAGAAAAAAUCUUGAAGUAAAAUUUAUAGAUUCAACUAACAAUAUUUAUGUUGUCGGAUAACCGGAUAAUUUUUGUUAAUUAUGUCAAGUUUGUAUGUUUCUUAUGGCCUUUUUAAUUAUACCAAAUUAGAAAAAAAAGAUUCAUUUACAUUAAGGGAAAGGGGUAUUCGAGACCAUAAUUAUGCAAUAUAUGUAAAGUAGAUUAUACAUGUGUACUUUUAAUAAAUUAAAAACAAGCUCUUUCUACUCCGCACAUUCUAAUCUCACAUCUUUCUAAAAAAAAAAAGAAUUAAAAAUAGAUAUAAUAUUUGAUAUUACUCCAUAUUUUUCCAACUAGUUCUGCCAGUAAACCACUUGUUAUUUACUUAACAUCAAUUUUUCACAUGUAAAUUCUUAAUCCUUUAUUCUUUUGUUAAGGUUGUAAAGUUCAUGAAUGAUUAUGAGCUGGUCUCCCGACUUUAUCUGCACUAUUAUAUGUAUGCGGGGAAAUAAAUUGCAUUCUUUUUGCAUUCUUUUUGCACCAUCUGUCACUUGACAUCCUUUACAGCAAACCAUUAUUCUUUAAAAGCAGCAUUUUACUUCAAAUAUAUUUUCUUCAGUUGAGAUACUUUUUCCUCCUAACUGAAGAAGAAGUUUUUUUUGUGAAGGGGAAAAAAAAUAAAGGAAACAGUGGUAAGAAGGAAAAGGGGAAUUGAGAAAAAUAUAAAAAUAAGGGAAAAUGAAAAAUACAAAUUUAGAAGUAGGAUUUUUUUGGAAAAGCCAGGACAAAAGACUAGAAAACUGAUGAAAGUAAAGAGAUUUUCAAAAAGAUUUGAAAGGAACUGUAAACCUAAUAUUGAUGGAGUGGCAUGUCCAAUUCAAAAUAAUAACGUGAAAAGGUCUUUUCUAGUUUAACUAGAUAUCCAUGUUGUUUUCUAGAAACUAUUUAUUCUUACUUGUUGGUUCUCUGCGAAAGUGUCUUUGAACUCCCUAAACUUAUCCUUUUUCCAUUUUGUUUGGUCUAGGAAGUUGCAAAAAUAGAAAGUUUUAUAUAUUAAUAAUUUGCAAUAAAUCGCAGCACCCUACCCCUAUACCUUUCAAAGAAACGUUUGUCUUUCUUAUUUCUUUCAAAUGUUAAAAAAUUCAUAGUUCCAACUGUUCUUCUAUUUAACUUUUGAAUUUGAAAAUGUCUUGUUGCAUA